GGCGCGGAGUCGGGAGCGGCGGCCAGCGGGCGGCGGCCAGCGGGCGGCGGCGGGCACCGGCAGCUUGAGCAGGUACCCGCGGCGGAGGUGGCCAGGCCGCCCCAGGGGGCGAGCGCGAAGGCAGGGGCUCCGGCCCGCCGCGCCCUCAUGCUGCGGUGAGCACUCGCGCUCGGCGCACUGGUCGCCGCGCCGCGCCAGCGCCAGCGAGCCCGCUCUCCCCGCCCAGUCAGCCCGGGCCCUACCUGCGGCCGCCGUCGGGGGAGGGGGGUGCCCCCAGCUCUGCGGAGCCGCAUGAACAAUAGGUGGCGGCGGCUCCUGCGGGCGGCGGCAGCCCCGCACCCUAUGGAUCGGCCGCUCCAUGGAGACCUCCAGAGCGCUUCUCGGCUGCCUGGCGAGCGCCGCUGCUGCCGCCCCGCCGGGGGAGGAUGGAGCGGGGGCUGGGGCCGAGGAGGAGGAGGAAGAGGAGGAGGAGGCGUUGGCGGCCCCCGGGGAGCUGGGUUCCGACACGCCGCUGCCCUACUGGACAGCCGUGUUCGAGUACGAGGCGGCGGGCGAGGACGAGCUGACCCUGCGACUGGGCGACGUGGUGGAGGUGCUGUCCAAGGACUCGCAGGUGUCCGGCGACGAGGGCUGGUGGACCGGGCAGCUGAACCAGCGGGUGGGCAUCUUCCCCAGCAACUACGUGACCCCACGCACCGCCUUCUCCAGCCGCUGCCAGCCCGGCGGCGAAGACCCCAGUUGCUACCCGCCCAUUCAGUUGUUAGAGAUUGAUUUUGCGGAGCUAACCCUGGAAGAGAUUAUUGGCAUCGGGGGCUUUGGGAAGGUCUAUCGUGCUUUCUGGAUAGGGGAUGAGGUCGCCGUGAAAGCAGCUCGCCACGAUCCCGAUGAGGACAUCAGCCAGACCAUAGAGAAUGUUCGCCAGGAGGCCAAGCUCUUCGCCAUGCUGAAGCACCCCAACAUCAUUGCCCUCCGGGGGGUGUGUCUGAAGGAACCCAACCUCUGCUUGGUCAUGGAGUUUGCUCGUGGAGGGCCUUUGAAUAGAGUGUUAUCUGGAAAAAGGAUUCCCCCAGACAUCCUGGUGAACUGGGCCGUGCAGAUUGCCAGAGGGAUGAACUACUUACAUGAUGAGGCAAUUGUCCCCAUCAUCCACCGCGACCUUAAAUCCAGCAACAUAUUGAUCCUCCAGAAGGUGGAGAACGGAGACCUCAGCAACAAGAUUCUCAAGAUCACCGACUUUGGGCUGGCUCGGGAAUGGCACCGAACCACCAAGAUGAGCGCGGCAGGGACGUAUGCUUGGAUGGCACCCGAAGUCAUUCGUGCCUCCAUGUUUUCCAAAGGCAGCGAUGUGUGGAGCUACGGGGUGCUGCUCUGGGAGCUGCUGACCGGUGAGGUGCCCUUCCGAGGAAUCGAUGGCUUAGCAGUUGCUUAUGGGGUGGCCAUGAACAAGCUCUCCCUUCCUAUUCCUUCCACGUGCCCGGAACCUUUUGCCAAACUCAUGGAAGAUUGCUGGAAUACCGACCCCCAUUCACGACCAUCUUUCACCAAUAUCCUGGACCAGCUGACUACCAUAGAGGAGUCUGGUUUCUUUGAAAUGCCCAAGGACUCCUUCCACUGCCUGCAGGAUGACUGGAAACAUGAGAUUCAGGAGAUGUUUGACCAACUCAGGGCCAAAGAAAAGGAGCUCCGCACCUGGGAGGAGGAGCUGACACGGGCCGCGCUCCAGCAGAAGAACCAGGAGGAGCUGCUGCGGCGCCGGGAGCAGGAGCUGGCCGAGCGGGAGAUCGACAUCCUGGAACGUGAGCUCAACAUCAUCAUCCACCAGCUGUGCCAGGAGAAGCCCCGGGUGAAGAAACGCAAGGGCAAGUUCAGGAAGAGCCGGCUGAAGCUCAAGGACGGAAACCGCAUCAGCCUCCCUUCCGACUUCCAGCACAAGUUCACGGUGCAGGCCUCCCCCACCAUGGAUAAAAGGAAAAGUCUCAGCAGCAGCCGCUCCAGCCCUCCGGCAAGCCCCACCAUCAUCCCGCGCCUCCGUGCCAUCCAGUAUUGCAUCCGACCUUUGUUAUUCACAGUGACACCAGGCGAAAGCAGCAAAACCUGGGGCCGGAGCUCUGUCAUCCCGAAGGAGGAGGGGGAGGAGGAGGAGAAGAGGGCCCCGAAGAAGAAGGGACGGACGUGGGGGCCGAGUUCGCUCGGUCAGAAGGAGUUUGCCUCGGGAGACGAAGGAUCCCCUCAGAGACGUGAGAAAGCUAAUGGUUUAAGUACCCCAUCAGAAUCGCCACAUUUCCACUUGGGCCUCAAGUCCCUGGUAGAUGGAUACAAACAGUGGUCGUCCAGUGCCCCCAACCUGGGGAAGGGCCCUAGGAGUAGUCCAGCCCUACCAGGGUUCACCAGCCUUAUGGAGAUGGAGGACGAGGACAGUGAAGGCCCACGGUGUGGGGAGAGUCGUCUGCAGCAGUCACCCAACCAGUCCUACCUCUGUAUCCCAUUCCCUCGCGGGGAGGAUGGGGAUGGCCCCUCCAGCGAUGGCGUCCACGAGGAGCCCACCCCAGUCAACUCAGCCUCCAGUACCCCUCAGCUGACGCCAACCAACAGCCUCAAGAGGGGCAGCCCCCAUCACCGCCGCUGUGAGGUGGCUCUGCUUGGCUGUGGGGCAGUCCUCGCAGCCACAGGCCUCGGCUUUGACCUGCUGGAAGCUGGCAAGUGCCAGCUGCUGCCGCCGGAGGAGACGGAGCCUCCGGCCCGGGAGGAGAAGAAGAGGCGCGAGGGUCUAUUCCAGAGAGCCAGCCGUCCUCGUCGGAGCACCAGCCCCCCAUCCCGGAAGCUCUUCAAGAAGGAAGAGCCCAUGCUGUUGCUAGGAGACCCCUCUGCCUCCCUCACGCUGCUCUCUCUCUCCUCCAUCUCCGAGUGCAACUCGACCCGCUCCCUGCUGCGAUCCGACAGCGAUGAGAUUGUGGUGUACGAGAUGCCCGUCAGCCCGCUGGAGGCCCUGCCCCCGAGCCCCUGCACCCGCAACCCUCUGGUCAACGUGCGAGUGGAGCGCUUCAAGCGAGACCCUAACCAGUCCCUGACCCCCACCCACUUCACCCUCACGGCCCCCGCACAGCCCAGCGCUCACCGGCGGACUCCUUCCGAUGGGGCCCUCAAGCCCGCGGCCCCUCCAGCCAGCAGGAGCCCCUCCAGCAAUGGGCUGAGCCCCAGUCCCGGAGCAGGAAUGUUGAAAACCCCCAGCCCCAGCCGAGACCCAGGUGAAUUUCCCCGCCUCCCUGACCCCAACGUGGUCUUCCCACCAACCCCAAGGCGCUGGAACACACAGCAGGACUCUACCUUGGAGAGACCCAAGACCCUGGAGUUUCUGCCUCGGCCACGCCCUUCUGCCAACCGGCAACGGCUGGACCCAUGGUGGUUUGUGUCCCCCAGCCAUGCCCGUAGCGCCUCCCCGGCCAACAGCUCCAGCACGGAGACGCCCAGCAACCUGGACUCUUGCUUUGCCAGCAGCAGCAGCACCGUGGAGGAACGACCUGGGCUGCCAGCCCUGGUCCCAUUCCAGGCGGGGCCGCUGCCCCCCGCCGAGCGGACGCUCCUGGACCUGGAUGCAGAGGGCCAGAGCCAGGACAGCACCGUGCCGCUGUGCAGGGCAGAACUGAACACACACAGGCCGGCCCCUUAUGAGAUCCAGCAAGAGUUCUGGUCUUAGCAUGAAAAGGUUUGGGGGUGGGUGGAGUGGGGGAAACAGGAGGAGAAGGGGGAGCUGGCUGGCACAGCCCUCCCUCAGAAUGGGACCCCCUGAGCUCCAGCCCUACUUCUUGCACUGAGAAUGCACUUUGAAGAUGGAAGGGGUGGAAGCAGGGCCCUUCUUCCCGUGUCCACCAGAGGGGCUGUGGCCGUCAGCUCUGGCUGUGUAGGGGAGGGAGGGGUGCGUGCAUGUCCCCCCACCCCUCCUCAGUCUUCCUUGCCUUCAGGGUGACCCUGCAGAGUCACUCAGCCGAAUCUGUCUGCUGCUCCUCCUCUGCCCCCCGGGGUCCCUCUGUUAGCCCUGAGUUCAGCCUUCCCAAACACCAGUGUUGGAUGCUCUGUGGUUGACUUUGCUCCUCUUCCGCAUUCCUCCCUGACACUCACGACUCAGAAUCUCGUUGGCGUGAGAUGCGCGCUCCUCCACGUCCUGAGCCCUUUGGUGCCAGCUGGGGACUGAAGGCAAGCUGCCCAGUGUCGGGCACAGGAAUUGAUGGAGGUGGGACCACCUGCCUGCACUUCCAGGAGCCCCACUUAAUUAUUUGAGCCUACGUUCAGUGGUCAGGGGUCAUGGACCUGCCUCCGUGAGAGCUGGGGGAAGGGAGGGAGUUAGGAAAUACAGUCGAGUUGCAGUAAAGAGGGUAACAGAGUCUGUCUGUCCUCAUUCCUUUUGUAAACAUUCAAAUAAGGGCAGAAACCAGCACAUGUUGACAGCACCCUUCUACCUGGGCCCCGGACAUGGUCAGACCAGGUUCUGAUACAAACACACGCUCAUCCCAGGAAGAGUUCCUAGGGAGACUCUGGUGCCAGUUCUGAAGCCCGAGAUAGUUCCUUUGUUUGUCCCUUUUGUCGUCUAAUCUGUGUGUGUUUUUCCUUUCCCUUGAGCUUUCCUUCUGUCCCUGGAAUGAGUGGACGCGGGGUUGUGUGUGUGGUUGGGAGACAUCUCUGUACUGCACCAGGACAGCAUGUGGGCGUGGGUCCUGGGCACUGGGAGCUGGGCCUGUGGCAAAUCCUCAUCCAGUCAUCCAUUCUGUGAUGCCUUUGAAGUAAAAUGGAGCCAUCAGUAGAACCUUCCGUAAAUGGGCAUGGUGAGGUGAUGAUGUGUGUAAGAGGCCCAGUGAGCCCGAUGUGCAGUGACCUUCAAGUCCCAAGCACUGGAGACCGACCAAGGCCUCUUGUCUCUGUGCACGGACAGCCCCCUGUGCUGGGCUCUGGACCAUGAGCUGGGGUAGAAAGGACAACAGAGACCCACCCCGACUUUUCUGAAAUUUGUUUCCUUAACUAGAAGGUUAAGCUUCUUCUGGAGCAUUCUCACGUGUGUCUUUGCUGUUCCUCUUACCUGGAGCCGCCUGUGUCGAGUGUGACCAGUUGUCUUCAUGUGGGAGUAACAACUUGCCUGGGAGUCGAGCCCCUCUCCCAAAGCCGCUCGCCCUGUCGCUGCACUGUCCUUCAUCCUGGAAUAUUUCUCUGGAGGCGCUGGAGGCCCCCCUUCAGGUUCCUUGCGUUUGCUGCCUGGAUGCCAGGACAGGAGAGGUGACACUGGUGUGGGGGGUGGGGUGGAUUUGGUCCCUCUUCUCUCUGUGACUCUGAUAGAUGCCCUGCCCUGAGGAUGACCCAAGGAGUGACCGUGGUUUUCAAGUUGUUCCUGGUUUUACGAGCCCACUGGCAGGCACUUUGGCUCGAGGGCCCCACCUCGUCUCGGGAAGGGAGGCACUGUUGGUUUUGUUGCCCAGGGUUUUGUUAUUGAAUCUCAUCUCUCUCUGUCUCGCUGUUCAGCAAAGACAGUAGGUAAGAGGUGUUUCCCCCCAUCCCCCAUUCUUCGGCUGGAAGGAUAGGAAGUCUGAAUCCAGUCAGCAGUCCUGGCCAAUCAAGGGGCUUCUUCAUUUCUGAAGGGGAGAGGGACAUGAUCUGUUCUGUGCCCUUCCCUGGGACUCUCCUUAGCCCCAGGGCCUAAGCCACCGACGUGUCUGUAGACCCUGGGCCCCACUGAACGGCCCUCUGGUGGACGCAGCCUACAGUGUGAUCCAGACCACACUGGCUCUGUGCUCUGUGGUGUGAGGCAAGGGUUCUUCCUCUGCUCACUUUCUCCUUUUGGUCAUUUUGUUAGAUUGCAGCCAGCUGUCUUGGAAGUGGUAGUGUCGCUGAUGUGGUGUAACCUGAGUAAUGGCUACUUGCUGUUGAGUGAGAGGUCACACCCAGUUCUUCCUCAUCCAUAUUUGCGGAAGAGAUGGAAAUGCUGGGACUCUGCUAAGGAUGGAAUUUACCUGCAAGAGGCAGAAGCAGAGUUAUUCUGAAGAUUCUUCUGUGGGCUUCCAUGAAGAUGGAGGAGUUACCAUCUCUCAGCUCCUUCAGACCAAGUCUCCAAGGGGCCCCUGCCUGCCACACUCUCUCCCUGUCGGGCAAGGCUAGGGUGGGGUGAGGAUCCUACAUAGUGACAGGUUUGGGUUGCUUUCCAUACAUUCAUCUUCCCUCACCUCCAGGAUCGUGGGCAGGGUCAGACCUUGGAGCGAGGGUCCAGCCUCUGCAGCGAUGUGAGCUGGUAUUCCCUCCCCUUUCCUCAGACGCUUUCCCACCGCCCUUGGCCGGUGCUCCCUACAUGGAAGAUGGUGGUAGGAAACAGAGACUGCCCUCUGCCCCUUCUCCUUGGCUCCCUCAGCUCCUCCCACUGAUUCUACAUAGGGCGAUCCUCUGUCCUUGGGGAUCCAGGACACUGCCAGGGGCUGAGUAGAUGUCCCAGUUAUCUUCGUAUGUUACAUCUAGGAGGUUUUGACGGAUGCUCUUAGCAUCAUAUCCUUCAGUAUCCCGAAAGUCUGAUGAUGAUGAUGGUGGUGGUGGUGGUGGUACCUCACAUUUGGAUGGCUCAGAAUAGUGCUCACCUCUCCUCCUGACCUUUACAAAAUUACAUCGUCUUCCUCCUGCAUUUGAUAUACUUGCUGGUAGACAAGGGAUAUGCUUAAAGUUGAAGAUUCGAGUGAAGAGAAAUGGAAAAGCUGCCUGGACUGAUUGCUGAGUUGGUACCAGGCUCUGAGAGCUGAACAGAUUGGCUCUAUUCUCCACUCUGCUUUUGGUGUUUGACCUCAGGCUAGUCUCUUAGCCCCUCUCAGAUUUCCUCCUUGUAAAAGCGACCAUCACCUGCUUCCCUCACAAGGGCAAGAGAGUGUGUAUCAGAGCAGGUCUGUGAAGCCUGUGGCUCCCUGCCAGCGACUAGGAUGAACUGCUGAAGUUAACAGUGUGGUUCUCACCACCUUUGCCUCUGGGCGGUUUGCCUACUAUUUCUUCCUUAGGCUUGUGGAAGAGGGGUGCUGUGCAGUUGGCUUAGCAUGACUAAUGGGGGCUACGGGCAGGCACAUGCUCUUCUGCUGCAUUUAUGUAGCACCUGGUGUUUACAAGCAUCCUUCCUAACUCCCCCACUUAACUAGUCAGGCUGAACAUCCCUACCGUUAAUGUCUUACAAAGGAGGGAAUGGGAGGUGGGGAGCUGGAAGCAGCAUCACAGUGACAGUCUGGGGGUCUGUCAUUUCUUGGAGUCAUUCCCAGAGUCUGAUUUGUUUAGAGACUGGAAUCACACCAGUGCCUGGAAGAGUCUUUGGAAGGGGGUCUGCUGGCCCUUGAGACAUGUCAUGGUGUGGGGUUCCUCACAAGGCCCCCUUUCCCUCAGACUGCAGUUGCUCAGGGACACAACAAAUACCCCAAGAGCACCUAGGCCUGACUUUGUGUUAACACUCUUGUCCACAGCCCUCCCCCCCCCAUUAGAGGCUCCUUCCCCCCACCCUCCCCCAUGAGGAGGGAGACAUACUCCUAACUCUUCAAAUCACAGGGCAACUGAUCCUGAAGAUUGGGUGGCUGUGAAUGGUACACUUCAGGGUUGAAAGAUCCAUCCACAGGCUCCUCCUGAAUACAGAACCUUGACUUUCCCGCAUGUGUUUCAUGAAGCCUGUGCCUUUGACUCAGGUGUGUGAGGGCCCCAUUGGGCAGGUCAGACGCACCAUUGCCUCUUGAAGGAUUUGGGGGGAGAAGCAGGUGCUGCCACUUCUGUAGUGCCAGGCUUUUCCUGAGGGCUGUGCCAGACACUGGAACAGGGUCAAGGAGAGAGCAGCCCACAGCACCUUGUACGUGACCGUGGCAGCCUGAGUGGCUGGAAUCUGGUGAUCUGAGCUGCCCACCUACUAGCUGUGUGAGGUUGCAGGCAUCGCUCCCCCUGUCUGGACCUCUGAGCCCAACAACCGUGAACUGAGGAUGAUGCAACUUUCCCCACUGGAAACAUGAAGACUUUCUAGCUUGAAACGUGUGGUCCUGGGGCCCCAGGUCCCGCACUGAUAAGCCUCCCUUUGCUAGAUUGCUUCUGUCUGUGGAUAAAUGUGUGCGUGUGGUUGGGGGUCAGAAACAGUCGAAUGUUGGUGGUUUCAUAUGGUUUGACCUGCUGGAUCCCCUGCCUCUCUCCUAGGGUUCAGGCCUGAGAUGACGUCAAGCUGCAGUUACUGUGAGGAGCACAGUCCCACAUCUCUCCUGUUGAACAGGUGGUUGUUAUCUUAGGUAAGGAAUUCAGAUUAGUAAAAAUCCACAUGGGAAGGGGAAACCCACUGCUACUUCCGGGGAGUCCUCAGUCCUGGGCUUUUCCCCGGCCCAGCCGCCUGGGUGCUCACCACCUUAGGCAUUGGCUUUGAAGGCAGGCGGUGGAAACUGGAGUCCUGGCUGAUUAAGGCAAUUAACGAGGCUUGGGGGCCUACUUAGGCUGACCCAGCCCUGGGCUUCUGCUUGGCUGUGCAGGCAACGUGAGCCUCUCACCCACUUCUCAGACUGAGUAUUUUCCAUUUGUCCUGAUGUGCUAUUGACAGGCCCCACCCCCUGCUUCGUCCAUUUCUGGUCUUGGGUCUGGAAGCACCUGGCCUCCCUAGGCUGCUGGGCGAGCCCCGCCUGAUUUGUUCUUCCGAAGGUUAGGCUGCUCCUUGGUCUGGAGCCAGUAAGACUGGUCCUUCCUGAUUCUUUCUGGCUGUGAUUCCCUGCAUCCCCUGCCUUUGGCCUUGUUUUGGGUCUUUUGUUCCUAACUGCAGCUAGAAAUAGAGAAGAGCCUCGGGGCCCAGAUGGUUUCCAGAGCCGAGAGCUUUUCCACGCCUCUCUUUGUUUCUCUUGGAAACAGACUUGCCUUUCCCCUGACCCAGUCUCCCUCCUGAUGGGUCUGACCCACCCUCCCUACAAACACCCACAGCCCAGUCUUACUACACUGAUUGGCAGGCAUGGAUCUGACAACUGGAUAAAUGUAUCAGGACGACACGUGGAGUACAGUUCCUGAGGUUCAGAGACAAGCCUUUGCUGUUGGGAUGAGUGGGGUGGACAUCCAGGAAAUCUGAACCCAGAGGUCAGACUGGUUUAACCACAGCAGUCCUGGCAGAUGCUGGCCCCUGUGGGUAUGGCAGUCUUGCUGUACACUUCCUGAAGUCCAAGACCAAGUUUCAGAAGGAGUAUGUUGCCCACGUUCCUAAAAUCCUUCACCCCUUUGCAUCUGCUUUGACAGAUCCUGACUUUAUUUAAAGUUUGGAUAUUGUAUUCAUCAUGGAUUUUUCAUUAAUUUAAAUUUUUAAAUAUAUUGUAUUGAAAUGUGAUUUAUCUUGAUAACUGAGUUUUUUGGGUGCCCCUCGCCCCUGCCUUGAAUUUUAUAUGGAAGGUGAGUGCCUCACUCACUUUAUCCUCGCCUCAGCCCGGCCUGCCCCCCACCCUGAUCUGUGAGCAAGUGCAGGCAGAGUUGUGAGGUGGAUUUAGGGGUUUUUUUCUGGUUGCCCUUCCCAUAGGUCCUGAGUCAGGUGGUAGGUAGCUCUCUGGAAGUGUUUGCAUUUAAAUAGGAAUGUGUUGACCCGACAGUAGUGGGACACCUAGGACAGUUUUUGGCCUUGGACCUGUGACUGGGGUGACUUUUUCUUGGUGUCCUCUAGCUUUCUUUCUGCCUCUGAAACCCUGUAACCACUUGGAGGGGUGUAUGUGCUGUAAGGGAAAGGGAAGUGAUUACAGUGGAGAGGAUGCUUUAGAGUCUCAUCUGAAACCUCCUUGGGACAUCUCUGAAUUUCCAGAGAAGCAAAUAAAUCAUUCUGCCUCCAAUCAUUCUGCCUCCCAGUUUCAGGAAGGACUGAAGAGGACGGAAGCAUUCUGACUCCCUUGCAUGCCCAGGGCAGCUUCGCUAGCGCUGUGCCUGGCCCUCAGUGACCUUCAUAAUACCGGUCACAUCACCUCCAUCAGUACCCUUUGUAUCCUUUUCGCUAUCAUUAUGAUGCUCUGUCGUCUUUAUUUUACUUUCAUCUUUUCUCUUUACCUCCAGUCCCAGAAGCUUCACUGGCUAGGGUUCUUUUCUUCAUCACUCUCAGAAUGGGGUGUGGGUUUAUCCUGCCCUGGGAAUGGGGGCUGACAAUAAAUUAUAUGAAAGCGUUCCAUUUCUCCUACGGGGGAGGUGCCAUCCUAGACAUUUACAUUCUUUUCUCAUCUUUUUUUAGACUCUCCGUCAUCCUAGGGGGUGGGGUGGGGGUGAGGGGUAUUACCUUCAUCUGAGGAUGUGGAAACGGUCUCAGAUGGUUACGUGACACGCCCAAGGUGAUGCGGCUAGGAGGUGGCGUUGCUGAUCUGCUGAGCUCCAGAGCUGCCUCUCGUUUUCCUCUGAGUGUAUUUUAGGCCACUGUUUAGAAGCUUUGGGAUAAAAUCAGCCUAGCUUUGGUCCACUGAGGCUUUGAGGUGGCUCUUUGUCCAAGGAUGAGUUGUCCUACGGCUAACCCAUCAUCUGCCUUUGUGACUGGAGGCUCCCAGCGGGACUGGCAGCUGCCCCAGGGCUCAGCCAGCUGCCUCUCUGCCUGGCUGCUUCCUGUGCCACCAUUUCCCCCAUGAUUGUUCAGGGACCUGUCCCACGUGAGAGCUGAACAUGUCAAUUCUGUAGCUCUUCUCCCAGGACCACCGAAGACCUGUGGGUCUCUCCACUCUGUUUCCAGCCCACAGCUGCCCCAUUACUGCUCUUUGCCACAGCUUCAACCCAUGUCCCUCCCAGUCUCGAGUUAGGAAGCCUCGGUUGUAGCUUCUCUGUGGGAACUUGAAAUUGGGCUUUUGUCUUUUUAUUGUAUCGAGCCAUAUGCCCUUGGUAUCCAGUUGUAGCAAAGAAGGGAGGUGAUGAUCUUGUCAACUUUCUCCUCUAAUCUUUCUCACUACCCACCCUAAACACACACACGUGCAUGCACACGCGCACUCAUGCUUAUACUCACAGACGCAUGCACACACACUCACACAGAUUUAGUCUGAGACUGUAUCAGUAUCUUCUAGAAGGUUAAGGAAAGGAGCCGGAGGUGGGUUUUACUUAAUUCGCAGAAAAGAUUUCUUUGGGAUUUUCCUCCCCUUUAGAGCCUUUGAGUCUAGGUAAAGUGAAGUUCACACACAUGCUGGUUUUGUUCCUCAGUAAUUAGCCACGAGUUUCCCUCCCUAGGCCUUCCCUGCUCCCGUGUCUUGUCCACGUGUGCUGACCUCAUGUCCUUGAAUUCCCAUUUUGCUUUGGGAUUUAAGUUAUUGUAAUUUGUCAACAAUAUUUAAAAAUAGGAAAGUCCUGAAGGAAACUUAUCAGGGUCUUUGGCUUUUUUUUUUUUUUUUCAAGGUACUGUAAAUUGUUCACUAGGGACGCCAAGCAGGCUUGGUUCAAUGGCUAAACCUCUUAUCGUAUUACAGUGUAAUGCUGAUCUCAGCCUGGUCUCACCACCAGAGCACAUACAGACUUGAAUAAAACUGUUAUAACAAUGA